AUGUCGUACGAGCCGCUGACAGCGCGGCCGACGUCGCCGCGCAACCGCCCCGAGGGCCUGCGACUGCCCUACCGCGCUUCCGCCAUGGAUCGUCCAGCCUCGGCGCUGGCCGAAUACCCGCACCGUCCGGACGGCUUCACCCCCUUUGUCAAGGCCGACGUCUUCGCCCAUCAGACCGCGUUACAGGAGCCAUCCGACGGACCAGGGUCGCACCUCGCCGGCUCGGGAGAAGGCAGCUGGCUGCUUCUCGCGAGUGGCCGCUACCAAGCCCGAGGAUCGGCGAUGAACGCUGGAGGAGGCCAGAGCGAGGGACAGCCAGAGGACCGGCUCGUGGUCCUCCAGCCAACGCUCCAGGGCCAGACUCGCCAGCUGGCCCGGCAGAUUGGACUGUCGUACCUGGAUGCUGGCGCCAUCCAGCUGUACCUCGAGAUCGAGGGUGAUAGGGUCGCGACCCCGCUCCGCGUCGGCAUGACGGAAGCAUCCUGGAAGCUGGCCUUUGCACGCUUCUUUCCGGCGCCUCGACGCGGCACUCACGACCCGUAUGCGAGGCGGGAGAGUGGCAAGUGCGGCGGCGGCACCUGGCGGCACCACGGCGAGGUCUUUGAUCUUGUCAACGGUCAGCAACGACGCGAGAGCCUCGCUGCCACCACUGCUCGCAGCUUCUCGGAGCCGGCGACCCCUGACGCGGGCGGAGUGUCAGGCGCGGCGUCCCCUAGUGCAAGGCCGGUGCAUACCGACACGAGCCUCGAGAGGCUUCCUCUGCCGCCCUUGGCUGUCAGGACCGGUCUCCCGAUCGCUGCGCGAGUCGCUUUUGUCGUCGCCGAGCUGGCGCUAGCGCAGUCGUUUCCCCUGACGCACCGCUCGACAUCGCUACCCGGCGCCACACCGCGGCAGGCCUCGUUUGCGCGCAUGGUCACCUCGAGCAUCCCCAACUUUCGCGAAGACGAUGCCUUGAAGGACGUGGGCAGCUCCCGCAUCGGCAUCGCAAACCAUCAUUCGCUCUCGACCACACCGAUCAGCAACAAUCUCGAGUCGAGCGACGACGAAGGUGCUCUCACGGGCAAGGCGGAGCGCUUCGAUUUCGGGGGCCGCGCGCUUGGCAAUCUGCCGACGCUUUCGAGCUCGGGCAGAGACCACAUCGGCGGAAGCGGCGACUACGGUCUCGUCAAGCCGGCAUCGUCGCCGUCGCUGUCGGAGUCGAGUUCCGAUGUCUCGCCGGCUUUGCUCGGCGUCGAUGGCCAGUUUGAGACGCGCGACCUCCGACUGCGCGAGACGCCGCUCUCCAUCAGCCCGCUCGGCAUCACGGUCCCGGACGACGGACAGGGCGGCUCGCUGCGUUCCGGAGCCAUGCGCCGCAGGGCUGCCACAGGUCUGCCGCCUCUGAGGCAGAGCCUCAUCGCGCCGACGGCCAUUUUUGCGGCGAGAGAGGAUCCAGGACCUGCCGAGGGAUGCAAGUACUUCCUGGCCGAUGCGGAGCGCCAGAGCGCAAGCGACCGGCUGCGUAGCUUCCUCUUUGGCGCGGGCAGCUCUGCGUCCGCGGUCCGCAACGGACAGGGACGGGGUAACGGCUAUGGCGAGGAUGAGCGCGACCGAAGCACCAGCCUCAACACGGACGCCGAGAGCUUUGAGCACCGCUCGAGCUACUCGGCGCGCACUUCGAUGUCGUCGCUGUUUUCGGUGCCGCACGAGACAGAGUGGCCGAUGGCGCACGGCAGCCACGUCGACCUAGCACUGGCGCGGUACGGUCAGCUGCCCGCGUCGAGCGGCCACAGCGCCAAGGGGAGCGGCUCUCCCGAGUCUCUGGACGUCCCGUCGCCGCACAACUGGAGGAGGGACAGCAGCGAUCAGGUGCGGGCGCGCUCCCACGAUACGGCGCUGGAUCUGCCGAGCUACCAGCCCAUGAGCCCGAGCAGCGCGUGGGCGGGCCUCGAGGGGCGGGCGCAGUCGCCGGACGCGCUGCGGAAGCUCUGCCUCGCUGCAUCCGACUGGCAGGGCGGCGUCUUUGCGACCGAUGGCCAGCACCUCGCCCAGCCGGCUGGCGAAGGCAAUGGCGACUGCGACGGCGACGGCGAAGGCGAAGGCGCAAGCGACGCCUGGCUGUCGCAGCGAGCCUCGUUGCCGCCCCUGGUAUCGACUGCCGUCACGCCGACGCCGCGCCACACGUCGUUGACCGACACCGCCGACUGCUGA